UUGAUGCAUCAUUUCGACCAUUCACCAACACAAGACAACAUCAUUAGCUCAAACCUCUAGUUGUCCGUUUCUUGAGAGAGCUGCACCACAAACAGAGAGAGAGAGAGGGCUAAGUUCCAUCUUCUCUUGGUUUUCAUCAACAAAACCAAACUCUCAUGAUUCCCUUAUAAAAAAUCAUUGUCUAUGGAAAUAAUGGGUUUUGUUCUCUAAACAGAGAGCUAAAACUAGCCGGGGGGAGGGGGGCACCAACAGAUAUGAUGGAGUCAAUGGAGUCAUGUGUCCCACCUGGGUUCCGGUUCCACCCCACAGACGAGGAGCUUGUUGGCUAUUACCUGAGGAAGAAGGUUGCAUCACAGAAGAUUGAUCUUGAUGUUAUCAGAGACAUUGAUCUCUACAGGAUUGAACCAUGGGAUCUUCAAGAGAGAUGCCGGAUCGGAUAUGAGGAGCAAAACGAGUGGUAUUUCUUCAGCCACAAAGAUAAGAAGUACCCUACGGGGACGAGAACUAACAGGGCAACCAUGGCUGGUUUUUGGAAAGCAACAGGUCGCGACAAGGCAGUGUACGAUAAAUCAAAGCUGAUUGGCAUGAGGAAGACUCUUGUUUUCUACAAAGGAAGAGCUCCGAAUGGACAGAAAACUGACUGGAUCAUGCAUGAAUACAGGCUUGAAACCGACGAGAAUGGUCCUCCACAGGAGGAGGGAUGGGUUGUUUGUCGGGCGUUCAAGAAGAGAACCAAUGGCAAUGGCCAAAGCAAGAGCAUCGAAGGGUGGGACUCGAGCUACUUCUACGAUGAACCAAGUGGUGUCAGCUCCGUGGUUGAUCCAAUCGAUUACAUCUCGAGGCAACCCCAGAGCUUUUUACCCCAAAGUUUCUUGUGUAAGCAAGAAACAGAGGCAGAUAAUCUAAACUUCAUCCACUCUGAUCAGUUCGUAGAGCUUCCUCAGCUAGAGAGCCCAUCUCUUCCAUUAAUAAAGCGGCCAAGCUCGAUAUCUCUAAUAUCAGAGAAUACCAGCUAUGAAGAAGAAGAGCAGAACCGAAUGUGCAACACCACCAAGAAAGUGACUGACUGGAGAGCCCUUGACAAGUUCGUUGCUUCCCAGCUGAGCCAAGAAGACAGAUAUGAUGGCGAAGGGGUUCCAAGCUUUGAAGCCAAUAAUAACUCAGACAUGGCAUUGCUGUUAUUACAGAGCAGUGGUAGAGAAGAAGGGAACAAGUUGAACGAGUUCUUGAAUUCAAGUUCAGAUUGUGAUAUUGGAAUAUGCAUAUUUGAUAAAUAAAGGGGAAACAUAAAUGGAGAUGAAGAAGCUUUUAUUGCUUAGUAUUAUAAAACGUUUGAUGCAAAAUGAGACAUAAUUUUGUAAAAAUAUGUUUGUGAUAUUAAUGAAGAAUCUCUCUCUCACUCUCAGAAUACAUGCAAAGCAUUCAUAUUA